AUGGACGAUAAAUUUAUAGGAACAGCGCUUACUCAUUUGACGAAACUUGCUUUAGACAAUAGUGAACCCCUUCCUCUAACUCUGAGGAACAUUACCUUUCAAAUCAUGAAGGAGCUUACUAUUUCGUAUCCUUCAAACACGAAUAUCAUGGUGAACAUUGAAAAUGUGACCAUUCCAAAUUUAGAGAAAUUAUCGAUGCAAUGUGCAUGCAUUAAUACGGCUGGAAAGAACCAAUUCCCAAACUUACAAUCUCUCAAUUUCCAUCAUUGCAAAUUUGAUAGCUCAUUUUGGAUCGAUAGCCACCGAACCAUUUCUACCAUUGCCCUUUCUGAGAUUGAACUUGGCUCCCUAUCAUCAAGUAUUAGACAAGUAGUGAUUGACAGCCAUCCAUCUAUUGAAAUAGUUUUUGUCAGUUGCUUUGAUGAUAUUUCUAUAUUAAAUUGCCCUUCUCUCAAAAAAGCUUACAUUGAAAGAUGUAAAAAGCCUGAGAAGUUGCAAGACAUUAUCUCGUCCUUCAAAAAGAUUCACAAUUUAAAAUGCACCGUUAGUGAAGAGCAUUCCUAUAUCAUAGAACAACUUAAAGAUCAACCGUCUACCAAGUACGACAACGUUUCAAAGCUUUCUAGUUUGGCUACAAAAAUUGUAACUCAUUCACAAGAGUUUGAUGUUGGCUCUACACUGAAAAAUUGCCAACGUUUGCAAUCUUUGACUUCGUCCUCUCAAUUGAACUUUAACAAUAGGAGUUAUUCAAGCCAUUCACAAAUGCAUUAUAUAUUUAAGGCGUUCCACAAGGAAAAAGUAUUUAUGAGGGCAUCAAAAGUCAUCACGACGAUUCUAUUGGAUCCUAUCUCUCUGAAUAGUUGUAGUCAUCUCUAG